UUGUGGCUGUUGCCGCUGGCUUUUAUUUUGAAGUUCGUCACCGGAUGUUGAUUCAGUUAAAACGACCGGAAGGACGUCUCGUUAGCGGGUGUCCGUCAGUAGGUGUCUGUUCUUUCUGCUGUUUACUCUCGGGUUUAUUUGUAAUAUAACGUUAGAAAUGCGGACAAUAAAUUGUUCAAGGCCUCAUUUAGAAAACAUUCCUGUUUGGAGAGUUUUAUUCCCGCUAAAUGAAGCCUGUAGCAGCAGCUUAUGUUAGCUAAAGUUAGCUGUUGAUGUUUACUGACAAGUGAAGCUUGUUAGCAACAUGCUAACCGCUCCGAAUGAACAAACUUAGAUGGAUGUUGUGUGAAAAGUUGAGGCUUUAUUUUUAUUAAAAUAAAAAUUACUUGCUGCUUCAACAUGUCGUUUGUUCUCGGGCUGCAGAGCUGGACAAAGUACUCACAUCCUUUACUGCAGUAAAAAUACUAAUACAGCGUAAAAAUACUGUUACAAGUAAAAAUGGAUCAGCUGAUGAGCAGCCGCGAGGUGGCGCCACCAUGUCUGAUUAUGUGGAGUUCAGCAUCAGGAGGAUCCUGUUUCCAUCUCUGUUAACAGCCACAACACAAAGCGCUUUAAAACUGGACACACGGUGGCGCUCUGCUCUGAGGUCAGCCGGCAGGAUGGACAAAGUGAGGAGGAUCCUGGUUCACGUCUGUAAGGAGCGAGCGGCUCCACGGCGAGCUCAGUUUGUUCAGAGUGUAACCGGCCACUUCAGCGACGGCGGUGCUGAUGAGGUGGAGGUGAGCUGCUCUCUGGAGAAAAACCAGUUCGUCCUGUACCGAGGAGACAAAGGACGAGGGACACCUCUGAAGAGGCCCGCCUUCUGUCCCAUCAAACACCUGUCAGUCACAGAGGCAGCUGCGAUCCCAUUGGACGUUCAGGAGCGUGGGAUAGAUGUGGGCGUGGCCAUCAUCCUGCAGACAGCCAAUCAAAGAGUGCUGCUGACACGGCGGGCGAAGGAACUUCGGAUAUUUCCCAACGUCUGGGUUCCUCCAGGCGGCCAUGUUGAACCAGAUGAGACGCUGCUGGAUGCAGGCCUCAGGGAGUUAAAGGAGGAAACUGGACUGAAACUGGAACCAGAGGACGUUUCUCCACAGAUGCUGGGACUCUGGGAGUCAGUGUACCCGCCCAUGCUGUCCAGAGGACUCCCUCAGAGACAUCACAUCGUCAUCUACAUGCUGCUGCGCUCGUCCCUGUCUCACCUGCAGCUGCAGGCCUCUCUGAGCCCGUCUGCCGCUGAGGUCAGUGCCUGUCUGUGGGCCGACAGACGGCUGGUCAGAGCCAUCGUGUCCGCCGUGGACGGAGAGGACGCCGGGCUUCGAUUGGACGACCUGCCGAGCGGCGUCAGUGUGUCGGAGGUUUCCUCAGGGGGGGCUCUGACUGACUCCACGCUGCCUGUGACGGUGUUCGUCAGCCGGGUGCCGCUCAGCGGCCCGGAUGUGGAGCGGGUCAGCACCGGAACCAAGUUUGCCUUGGAGCUGUGGCUGAAGAGUCUGAAGAGUCUGAAGAGUCUGGAGACUCUGACCCCUGACCCCUGACCCCUGACCUCUGACCCCUGACCUCUGACCCCUGACCUCUGACCUCUGACAGGCAUCAGAAAGGGCAGCUCUGAAUCAAAGAAAUGACUGAGACUUUUAUUUGAUGCACUUUGAAUCCUUGUCUUAUUUUUCAAUAAAGCCCACCUGAAACAGGAAUGAGUCUCUGACACCCCCGGAGGCUCCCGGCCAGCAGGGGGCAGCACGGACAUCUUCAAGCCUGGACCUCCUUGUGAUUCCCCUCAAAUGCAUUGAUGUUGAUUUUUCAGGAACAGGGCUGUGACGUUCUCUAAUUAAAAGAGUCCACGUGGUGGAUGUUUGGUCGA